AUGGGGUGGGUGGAGCUCCGGUGUCCCGGGUCUGGAUUCUUUACUGGGAGAGAGAGCGAGCAAGGCGAAGCUGGACACAGACAAGCUCACCGGCUAACGCUGGGAGAAUUACUGUCUCAAAUAACAAAAGGAAAAAGAGAAGAACACCGCUCCUAAUGCCCGGGAAGUUUCUUUUUAUUUAGAGAAACUAAUUUUCGGGAUAUUCACGGGACAGAAUAUGGACGUCCGGCCAAGCUGAUAUUCGACGGGAUAUAAAAUCCCAUCCCUGUUUCUUUCACAGUGAAAACUGUCGGGAUUAACGUUAGCCUCGGCGAUAAUGGAAGCCUCAGGGCCUGGUGCGUGAAACGGUGUCGGAUCGGGAAUAAGCGCUGGAUUGGACUGAACCGAUUCGUGCGUCGUUUUAGCGAGCCGAACAUAAUGUUAGGCUUGUUUUGCUAGCUAGCUAGCUAGCUGAAUGGCUAGCUAGCAAGUUGGAGUCUGGGACUUUCAGUGCUCCACCUCGGCCCAACAGAUUUAUUUUUCCUGUCGCUCAGGAUUUUCUCGCCUUAGUCGCUGUAAAACCUUCACGUUAAGGCUUUUUUUAUUGACGCUAUUAGAGAUUUUUUGUCCUGCCGUUAGGAAGAGUGGUCAGGCCGCUGAUAUAAAAAUGUCGGCGAAGGUGCGUCUUAAGAAGUUGGAGCAGUUGCUGCUGGAUGGCCGUCAGAAGACCCCGAGCUCCCUGAGUGUUGAGACGCUUCUGGAUAUUCUCGUGUGUUUAUUCAACGAAUGCAGCAGUUCACCGUUGAAACGGGAAAAACACGUGACCGAGUUUUUAGAAUGGGUGAAGCCGUUCACUACCACUGUAAAAGAAAUGCGACUCCACAGGGACGACUUCGAGAUGCUCAAGGUGAUAGGCAGGGGUGCCUUUGGAGAGGUUGCUGUGGUAAAGAUGAAAAACACUGAGCGCAUUUACGCCAUGAAAAUUCUGAACAAGUGGGAGAUGCUGAAGAGGGCUGAGACCGCUUGUUUCAGAGAGGAGAGGGAGGUUCUGGUGAAUGGAGACUGCCAGUGGAUCACGACCCUGCAUUACGCCUUUCAGGAUGAUAAUUACCUGUACCUGGUGAUGGACUACUAUGUGGGCGGAGAUCUGCUAACACUACUCAGCAAGUUCGAGGACAGGUUACCUGAGGACAUGUCUAAGUUCUAUGUGGCAGAGAUGGUUCUUGCCAUUCACUCGAUCCACCAGCAGAAUUAUGUACACAGGGAUAUUAAGCCCGAUAAUGUGCUGCUGGAUAUGAACGGCCACAUUCGCCUGGCCGAUUUUGGUUCCUGUCUCCGGAUGAUGCCAGACGGGACGGUGCAGUCGUCAGUAGCAGUCGGAACCCCGGACUACAUCUCGCCAGAGAUUCUGCAGGCUAUGGAGGAUGGCAUGGGGAAGUAUGGGCCGGAGUGUGACUGGUGGUCUCUGGGUGUGUGCAUGUAUGAGAUGCUGUACGGGGAGACGCCUUUCUACGCCGAGUCUCUAGUCGAGACUUACGGCAAGAUCAUGAACCAUGAGGAGCGCUUCCAGUUCCCAUCUCACAUCACGGACGUAUCCGAGGACGCCAAGGACCUGAUGCAGCGGCUGAUCUGCAGCAGGGAGCGCAGGCUGGGCCAGAACGGCAUCGAGGAAUUUAAGAAGCACCCCUUCUUCUCUGGCAUUGACUGGGAGAACAUCCGCAGCACUGAAGCCCCGUACAUUCCUGACGUCAGCUCUCCAUCUGACACCUCCAACUUUGAUGUGGAUGACGAUGUACUGAAAAACCCGGACAUUGCACCUCCCAUCUCUCACACUGGUUUCACUGGUCAGCACCUGCCCUUUGUGGGUUUCACAUACACUACAGACAGCUGUUUCUCAGAUCGGGGUCAGCUCCGGCUGACAGCUCUGGCUGACGGGGGUUCAGGAGAGGAGAUGCAACCCCAGAAAGAUGGUGGUUUGCAACUGGAGGCCUUCGAGAGGAGAAUCCGCUCACUAGAGCAGGAAAAACAAGAGCUGAACCGCAAACUCCAGGAAUCUACACAAGCUGUGCAGUCUCUACACGGAUCAGGCCGUGGUACAAGCACACUGGGACGGGAUAAAGAGAUAAAAAAGCUUAACGAGGAAAUCGAGCGCCUUAAAAAGAAACUAGCAGACUCUGAUAGGCUGGAGCACCAACUGGAGGAAGCAGUGACUUUGCGACAAGACUAUGAGAGCUCUUCCACCAAGCUAAAGGCAUUGGACAAGCAAGUCAAAAACCUUCGCCAAGAGAAAGAAGACAUCAAUAAGCAACUGGUGGAGGCUCUGGAGCGCCUGAAGUCUCAGACCAAGGAGCUGAAAGACGCUCACCAACAGAGGAAGCUGGCCAUGCAGGAGUUUUCCGAAGUGAACGAGCGCAUGGCCGAGCUGCGCUCGCACAAGCAGCGGCUCUCGCGCCAGCUCCGCGACAAGGAGGAGGAGAUGGAGGUGCUCAUGCAGAAGCUUGAUGGUAUGCGCCAGGACAUUCGCAAGACUGAAAAGGCCCGCAAAGAGCUGGAAGCUCAGCUGGAAGAUGCUCGUGCAGAAGCUUCCAAGGAGCGAAAGCUUCGAGAACACAGUGAAGUUUACUCCAAACAGCUGGAAAGUGAACUGGAGACUCUAAAGGUGAAGCAGGGUACUGGUCGAGCUUCAUACAUGAGUGCUGAGACCCAGCAGGAGCUGACUAAGGUGAAGUCUGAGCUGGAUAAGAAGAUACUGUUCUAUGAGGAAGAGCUUGUAAAGCGGGAUGCAUGCCAUGGCACAGAGCUCAAAAACCUACGCAAAGAGCUACAUGAUUCUGAGAGCCAGCAGGUCUCCCUGCAGAAGGAACUCCUUGUGCUUAAAGACAAGGUGGAGAAAGCUAACAAGGAACGGCAAAUUGAAAUUUACGAAGCUCUGGGUUCCAUAAAGGAGAAAUUUGAGCGUGAACGCAGCUUGCUGACCGAGGAGAACCGCAAGCUGACCUCUGAAACAGACAGGCUAUGCACAUUUGUGGACAAAUUAACAACCCAGAACAGACAGCUGGAGGACGAGCUGCAGGACCUGGCCUCGAAGAAGGAGAGCGUUGCACAAUGGGAGGCACAGAUCGCUGAGAUCAUUCAGUGGGUGAGUGAUGAGAAAGAUGCUCGUGGCUACCUGCAAGCUCUGGCCUCAAAGAUGACAGAGGAGCUGGAGUCACUGCGUAGCUCUAGCCUGGGAUCCAGACAUCUGCAAAGUUCUGGAUUGAGCACACCUACCCAGAAGUCUUUGGUGGCUCCUCGGAGCACAAAGCGGGAUCCCUUGUGGAAGGUGCGUCGCAGUCAGAAGCUGGACAUGUCCGCUCGUUUAGAGCUACAGUCAGCUCUAGAUGCUGAGAUACGAGCCAAGCAACUCGUCCAGGAAGAACUACGCAAGGUCAAGGCUGCCAACAUCUCCUUCGAGAGCAAACUGAAAGAUGCAGAAAUUAAAAACAGGGAGCUGGAAGAGCAACUGGAAAGCACGAAGAAAGACCUGGAAGAGAGCCGCACACGCUCUGACCGAGGUCUAAAACUUCCAGACUUCCAGGACUCCAUCUUUGAGUAUUUCAACACUUCUCCCCUGGCCCAUGAUCUUACCUUCAGAACUAGCUCAGUCAGUGAGGUUGACGCCACACCUCAGAAACCCGACGUUCCCUCUUCCUCACCCUCAGCAGCUUCAGAGCAGGAUGAGCCUGUAAAGCCCCCUGCAGUUACUCCAACAACUCCAUCACUACCUUACCAGUCAUCACUGCUCACAGCACCAAAGCCUAAAGCUCACCAGCUGAGCAUUAAGACUUUCUCCAGUCCAACACAGUGUACCCACUGCACAUCUCUAAUGGUGGGCCUGAUCAGACAGGGCUAUGCCUGCGAGGUGUGCUCUUUCAUCUGCCAUGUGUCCUGUAAGGACAACGCUCCUCAGGUGUGCCCUAUUCCACCAGAGCAGGCCAAGAGGCCGCUGGGAAUUGAUGUGCAAAGGGGUAUUGGCACAGCCUACAAAGGCUUUGUCAGGAUUCCAAAGCCUACUGGAGUGAAGAAGGGCUGGCAGAGAGCAUAUGCUGUGGUAUGUGACUGUAAACUCUUCCUGUAUGAGGUUCCUGAAGGGAAGUCCACCCAGCCUGGUGUGGUGGCCAGCCAGGUCCUUGACCUCAGAGAUGAGGAGUUCUCUGUAAGCUCUGUGUUGGCAUCAGAUGUGAUUCAUGCUACCCGCAAAGACGUUCCUUGCAUAUUCAGGGUAACAUCGUCCACAUUGGGUUCUCCGACACGGGCGGUGUCUCUGCUGGUCUUGGCUGAGAGCGAGGCUGAGAAAAGGAAGUGGGUGGGCAUCCUGGAGGGUCUGCAGAGUAUCUUAGCCAAGAACCGCCUGAAGAACCGAGUAGUUCACGUCCUCCACGAGGCCUACGAUAGCAACCUGCCUGCAAUUAAAACCACACUCUCUGCAGCCAUCAUUGAUCGAGAACGAAUAGCGUUGGGCACAGAGGAGGGUCUGUUUGUCGUGGAGGUUACCAGAGAUGUUAUUGUGCGUGCUGCUGACUGCAAGAAAGUCCACCAAAUUGAGACAGUCCCUCAAGAGAAGAUGGUGGUGCUGCUAUGCGGCCGCAACCGACAUGUGCACCUGCACCCAUGGGGAGCACUGGAUGGUGCAGAGCCGGCGUUUGAUGUAAAACUGGCUGAGACAAAGGGCUGCCAGGCUCUUAGCGUGUGCUCGCUGCGACCAGGCGGCACCGCCUACAUGAUGGCUGCUGUCAAGCGCCAGGUGCUUUGCUAUGAGAUCACGCGAGCCAAGCCCUAUGCACGACGCAUGUGGGAGGUGCAGGCCCCAGGUGUAGUGCAGUGGCUUGGCAUGGUGCGUGGGCGAGUAUGUGUAGGCUACCCAUCAGGCUUUGCUCUGCUGGCACUGCAGUCUGAGGUGGCACCUGUGAGCUUGGUGAGCCCUGCUGAUCCUUCACUUGCCUUCCUUGCUCAGCAACCACUAGAUGCUCUACACGCAAUGGAGGUGGGUGCCAACGAGCUACUGCUUUGCUUUAGCCAGCUAGGCAUCUACGUGGACGGCCAGGGCCGUCGUUCACGCACACAGGAGCUCAUGUGGCCUGCCACACCACUCGCAUGUAGCUCAAACUCCACUUACCUGACUGUGUACAGUGAUUAUGGGGUUGACGUGUUUGAUGUCCACACUACAGAAUGGGUCCAAACCAUUUCAUUAAGGAAGAUCCGACCCCUGAAUUUGGAGGGCAGUCUGAACUUACUGGGCUCAGAGCAGCCCCGGCUCAUCUACUUCAACAAUAACGCAGCAGAAGGAUGUGACCUGACUAUACCUGAGACCUCAGACAACAUUAGGAAACUGAUGGUGAGAACACGCAGCAAGAGAAAGUUCCUCUUCAAGGUUCCUGAAGAAGAGCGGCUACAGCAAAGGAGGGAAAUGCUGAGGGACCCAGAAAUGAGGUCCAAGCUGAUCUCCAAUCCGACAAAUUUUAACCAUGUAGCUCAUAUGGGUCCCGGAGACGGGAUGCAAGUUCUCAUGGAUCUGCCUCUGCAGUCGAGCGAGACUCCCUCCCCCUCUUCCUCUCGACACCACGCCCUGAUCUCCCCUCCAACCAACUUUGAGCACGUCUAUCACAUGAGUCCUGCCUCUGCUGGGCUCUAUCUGCAGAAAGAGGCUUCCUCCCAGCAGAGCCUGCCUCAGCUCUCCUCCUCUUCCUCCUCACCUUCCACCUCCUCCCUCGGAAGGAGCGUGAUGCCCUCUUCUCAGGAUGACUUGACCAAGGACAAGCCACGUCCUCUUUCUAGUAUUUCCAGGCAAACAAGGAGUAAGUCCCACAUCACACGCACUGCCUCAGGAGGAGGUGAAUUCAUAGGAGCGGGAUCAUCUCGCAAUAUCUCAGACCCUGAUCAGGACUUUGAGAGAGAGCCUGAUUCAGACUCCACCAAACACUCCACCCCAUCCAACAGCUCGAACCCGAGCAGCCCUCCCAGCCCUAACUCCCCCCACCGCAGUCAGCUGACUCUGGAUGGUCUGGAACACACCCUGGAUGGCUGAGAGCAAAACGAAAAGACAGCUCUUGUCCACACAAGCAUCUCUUCACCUCUUCUCUUUUCGGUUCCUUCCAUUCCCUUCCACUCAGUUAGGACAUGCUACAAAGUGCCAAGACUCAGUGUCAUCAUCUUCCGUUCAAAACGCUCCCUCCACCAAGGUGCUGGGUGACAAAUUAAGCCUAUACAGAGCUGUGUGACGGUCUGAAAGUCAGAGCAGCUCCAUGAGAAUCUGAGCUUGUGGUCAGCGGAAGUGUCAGUUCUGCCCCCUAGUGGAGCGUUUGUGGCAGUAUACAUGCAGGGUGUAAUUGUUUCUUUUCCUUUUUUUAAUCCCUUUUUUGUGUCAUGAUCAUGUCAGGCUCCUUUUUGUUUAAUAGAUAAAUGGUUAGCUGACAGCUGACACAUGAUUUAAAAUCCCAGAAAAUCAGAAGCUCACAAAAAAAGAAAAUCACUAAUUGUAAGUGCUCUGCUCAUGAACCUUUUUCUUAAAAAUAUUGAUGUGAGGGAAAAGAGACUGCUUUGCUGUUUUUAAAGCGUAUAAAAUUUCCGUGGACACGUUCACUCCUCUCGUGAUGGUAGGAAGGAACUCUUCAGGACUCUGUAGACCAAGGAUGAGAAAUCAAUCCUUCCUUUUUUCAGUUGGUCCAGUAACAAACUACAAAACAAAACAAACAAACAAUAAAUAAAUGCCUUUUUUCUGUAUUUUUUUAUUUUAUUAUUAUUAUUAUUAUUUUUUUUUUAUCACCAACACUUCUGUCAGUAUGUCGUCUGAGCAUCGGCUCGGAUUAUUUGUCAGACGGUGGGGAUUUUAAGCCAAACCAGUGGGCACUUUUAUUGUAAUGUAUUUUUUUUCUUGCAUUUUCAGCCAGCAUUUGUAAUAUUCAUGUUUUAACCUAGAUCAUGUUUUGACACAAAAAGAUUUAGCUGGUGGAACACUGCUCAUAAACGAUAAAAGAAAACUACAUUGAACAAAACAAGACUUUACAUAUAGAUAAGUGUUUUAACAAAAUAAAUGGCACACAGAUAAAGGACCACACUAUUCAUAGGAUUUUAAAUAGUUGUUCUGAAACUGCUGCUGCUUUUGUGUGCUUCAUAAAGAAAUAAAUAUGUGAUAAGUUUCUCAUCAUAGCCAUGCUCAGUCCUCAGUUUAUAAACUGCUGCAUUUUGGACCAUCUACAAGCAUGUGUGUGUGCGUGUUGAAGUGGUUCUGUAGGUUUUGGAAUUGAAUGAGGAUUGUGACACUAACUACAGAUGUUUUUUUUCCUCAGUAGUGUGCCUUCAGUUCCACAACAGACUGUCCACUAAAACAUUUCAGAGGGGUUUUUUUUGUUGUUGGUGUUUUUUUUUAAGAGACAGCUUAAUCAUGUUUUAUUUUGUGUCCUUCCCAUAAAAACACUGUACAAAACUUGCACACAAACAUGUUUGAGUUCACAAUAUGUUUUUUCGUUUGUGUUGGUGGUGUGUUCUGUUCCUCCUCCCCACUUCUCCACCUGACUUCUAAAAAAAAAAAAACAAGAAAAACAGGACUUUAUCCUCAAAACACUACUGCUUUUGCUUCAGAAGAAAAAAGAAAAUCACACCGUAAAAAUCUUUGUAAUUAUUGAAUUGUUAGUCUCAUAAAUCUGAACAAACAAUAAAAGAAUACCUGUG